CCGACCAUUGCGAAGUCUGAACUUACAGAGAAAGAAAGCAGAACUCGGAAAAAUACCUAUUUAAUUCAGUCUGAAGUUUGCAAUGCUGUUGGUCAGUUUAGCGUUUGAAAUGGACUCAGAACUUGUCUGAGGAAUACAAAACAAAUUGUAUGCUGUCUGCAUAAGAGUCUCAAUUUUGAUUGCAGAUAGAAAACUCAAGACAUUUUUCUUGAAGCAUUUGCACAUUUAAAUGUUUGCAAAAAAAUAACUUGGAACUUUAAACUUUAAAACCUUUCAUUCGCCACUUCAACUUACAUGAUCACUUUUUUUUCCCUUCAAAAUCAACAUACAUUUCUGAAGAAAGCAGAGGUGAUCCAGUAACAUGGCACUGUGGGACUCAGAGUUUGGAGUAAAGGGCAGCAGCAUCAUCAGAGAGUGGAGCGGCCAGGUCCAGCCGGCUCUUGUCGCCUCCUUCAUCUUUCUCUUCUGCCUGGAAGCCUGCCUGUGGGUCAGGAACCUCAGGCAAAAGAGAAGGCUGCCUGGACCCUUCCCCUGGCCUGUGGUGGGUAAUGCAAUGCAGCUGGGGCAAAUGCCCCACAUCACUUUCUCUAAACUGUCUAAGAAGUAUGGAAACGUGUACCAGAUUCGACUAGGCUGUAACGACAUUGUGGUACUGAAUGGAGAUACUGCAAUCCGCCAAGCUCUGAUCCAGCACAGCACUGCGUUUGCAGGAAGACCAAAUUUUCUCUCUUUUCAGAUGAUUUCCGGUGGCAAGAGCAUGACAUUCAGCAACUAUAGCACACAGUGGAAGAUGCAUCGUAGAAUUGCUCAAUCAACCAUCAGAGCAUUCUCUUCAGCAAACAGCCAGACCAAGAAAGCUUUUGAGCAACAUAUUGUGGGAGAAGCUCUGGAUCUUGUUCAGGUGUUCCUGAGACACAGUGCAGAUGGCCGGUAUUUCAACCCUUCUCAUGAACUGACAGUUGCUGCAGCUAAUGUUAUCUGCGCUCUCUGCUUUGGAAAACGCUAUGGACAUGACGACUUAGAGUUCAAAACACUUCUGAGCAGAGUGGAUAAAUUUGGAGAGACGGUAGGUGCUGGCAGCUUGGUGGAUGUCAUGCCAUGGCUUCAGUCUUUCCCUAACCCAGUGCGAAGCAUCUACCAGAACUUCAAGGAACUGAAUGAGGAGUUUUUUGCUUUUGUGAAAGACAAGGUGAUCCAGCACAGGGAAACAUACAACCCUGAGGUAACACGAGACAUGAGCGAUGCCAUCAUUAGUGUAAUUGAGCAUGGAAAAGACAAUGGACUGACAAAAGAUUUUGUUGAAGGAACUGUCACAGACCUUAUUGGUGCUGGACAAGACACAGUGUCAACACUUUUGCAGUGGAUCCUGUUACUCUUAGUAAAAUACCCGCACAUACAAGCCAAGCUCCAAGAGCAGAUUGACAAGGUUGUGGGACGUGACAGGCUUCCCUGCAUGGAGGACAAAAGCAGCCUGGCCUACCUGGAUGCCUUUGUCUAUGAGACCAUGCGAUUCACAAGCUUUGUGCCUGUUACCAUUCCCCACUCCACCACCUCAGAUGUGACCAUCGAAGGCGUCCACAUCCCCAGGGACACUGUGGUUUUCAUCAACCAGUGGUCUGUCAAUCACGACCCACAGAAGUGGAAGGACCCCCAUGUCUUCAACCCUUCCCGGUUCCUGGAUGAAAAUGGUGUCCUUGACAAGGACCUGACCAGCAGCGUCAUGAUAUUCUCCAUAGGGAAGAGAAGAUGUAUUGGUGACCAGAUUGCCAAGGUUGAAGUCUUUCUGUUUUUUGCCAUCUUGAUUCACCAGUGUAGCUUUGAGAGCAACCCUUCCCAGGAAAUAAGCUUGGACUGCUCCUAUGGCUUGACAUUGAAGCCACUAAACCACUCUAUCUCUGCCAAGCUCAGGGGGAAGUUUCUAGGCUUGGUUUCACCAGCAUGAAAAGCUAUGAAUUGUCUCACACUUAUCUUGUCAUUCAAGGCAAGCAAAGACUUCAUGUUUGCCAGAGACAAACUGAUGAUAUUUAACCGUGAGUAUUAGCAAAUUGGUUAACCCUUUUUCAAGAUUAACCAGCACUGAAUGCCAUUGCCAAGAGAUUUCAUAUUUAAUAUUUAAUUAUUAUUCAGACACAUUUUAUGGAGUUUGUAUUUUUGUAAAAAAAAGGUAGUCAAAAGUUGCUUCACAACAAAACUUCAGUUUAAAAAGGGGGUAAGUGUUCCUUGUCGGGUGGUGAGAUCCAGUGUGUGAAGGAGGGCAUUAUCCAUGAAGUAUGCUACUGUAAAAUUAAUCAACAAAGUUUCAGGGCUCUCACAUGGUUUCAUUAAAAAUGUUCACCGUUCUGCUAUGAAUAAUAGUUUUUCAUUAAUAUCAAGUCUUGAGUGUACUUUAUAUUCACUAUCCUGCAUGUUAAAGUGAUUAAAUAAGUGCAGGAACUAUAUAUGAAAGUUAUGCCAAGUAAUAAAAUAACUUUUUAAAUAUUCAGCAAAUUGUCAGUAUAAACAUAUAUCACAGUAUUUAUCGUGCCAGUGAACAUGCGUGUAUUAGUGUUUUAAAGCAACAUCGGUAGGCAAAUUUUGUUUAAGAAUUGAUUGGACAAACAAUUUAGUAACACACUGUUUAUGUAUUUUUAUUGCCUUGAAGACUUGUUGAUUUGCCCUCAUAAUGAUGCACAUAUAUUGAUGUAUUUACCUAAUUCACAUGAAACAGUCACUAAAGAAUUUUUAUGUAUAUAGAUAUAUAUUUUGUAUAAGUAUGAAAAGUCUAUUAAGCAACUCAAAGUAUUACAUAAAAUGAACUGAGGUUCACUUUCUACUGUAAAUAAAAGCAAACAACACGUGGUGUUCUGGAUGACGAUGAAAGGAAAUAUUGAUGAUGGGAAAGAAUCAUAAGUUCAACCUCAAGUUGUUUAUUCACAACAUUUGUGAGGUCUAUCUAAAAUUAAGAACACUCCUGCUGUCCUUAUGUAAUUGUAAGUAUCACAUAGUGUCCUUUGGAAAAUCAAAUGUUUAUAUGAAAUAGUUGAGUCCUUAAGCAAGUGUUUUUGUUUUUUCUAAAGGAGUUGGUGGUUGCUGGGAUUUCAGUAAAAUGUGCAGAACAGAAGAAAAGUAUGUAAUAGGACAUGUUUUCUUAGGGUCUGGGAAUAUUUGUAUGCCAGACAUCUCUCCUCCCUAUUUCAUACAAGUGCUAUUGCUCCAUAUUACUGCCUCAAAACAAAUAAUUCCCAAUAAAUGCUUCCACGUGUGAUGUCUUGUUAAAUGCACCUCUGUUUACACUGCCUUGGUGGGCUAUCUGAAGAAGACUUUUCCUUCAGAACUUUGUUUUCAGGUGAAGUACACUAGCAUACUUAGAAAUUAUUCGUGUUGUUCACUUAAUCUUUUUCUAAUUUUCAGGCAAAUAAAGGCCAACUACUUGUUGAAUGUCCCUGCAUAACAUUUAUCACUCUGCAAAAUUAUAUGUUUUUACUAUAUGGAAAUAAGCUGCAUCGGAUGUGAAUAAAGUAAUGUUAUCAUAACUGUCA